CGUGGUGAAGUCAUAUAUUUCAGACAAGGGUGUUUGCUGUAUUUAUACUGGCACUCCUGUACAGUGCACUCUGCGCUGAGUUGUAAGAGAGAAGAAGAAGAAGAGCGGGAACGCAGCAACACAAGCCCAUUCUCACCUGCACUCACCUGAAAGCUACUACACAAAGAUCACUAUGGCAAACAAAGGUCCUGCCUAUGGUCUGAGCCGCGAGGUUCAGAGCAAGAUUGAUAAGAAAUACGACCCGGAACUGGAGGAAAGGCUGGUGGAAUGGAUCAUCGCCCAGUGUGGCUCUGGUGUGGGGCGGCCCGAGCCAGGCAAGACCGGUUUCCAAAUCUGGCUCAAGGAUGGAUGUGUGCUGUGUGAACUCAUCAACAGCCUGUAUGGAGCCAACAAGCCGAUCAAGGCCAUCAAGAACCCCACCAUGGCAUUUAAGCAGAUGGAGCAGAUCUCCAUGUUCCUCAAAGCUGCGGAAAGCUAUGGAGUCACCAAAACUGACAUGUUCCAGACUGUAGACCUCUUUGAAAGCAAAGACCUGGCUGCUGUUCAGAGGACCUUGAUGGCUUUGGGUAGUCUGGCAGUCACAAGGGAUGAUGGGAAUUAUAGAGGAGACCCCAGCUGGUUCCAUAAGAAAGCCCAAGAGAACAGGAGAGACUUCUCAGACGAGCAGCUGAACGAAGGCAGAAAUGUCAUCGGCCUGCAAAUGGGCACAAAUAAAGGAGCAUCUCAAGCUGGCAUGACAGGUUAUGGACGACCCAGGCAGAUCAUCAACAACCCCUGAACCCAAGUGGCGCUCAAACCCUCCUCCAGUAAACACUCCUCCCUCUGUCCUCUGAAAGGCCAGUCAGCGAGGAGGGACAAACUCUGACUCCUACCUUGGCCAUUAGGAGCAACAUGAUCUGACUGCUUUCAAGACUAAACUGGACCAAAACAGGGACCAACGAGAACAUGCACACAUAUACAACACACACUCCAUUUUGAGGAAACACAGAAAUAGAGACCUUUAACAGUAAUUGAACAGAGCAUUUUACAGGGUAUUUUUACAACUGCACUCUGCUAGGGCCACCUUGUAAAUAUUUUCUUUCUUAAAGGAUCAUUCCAGUUGUUUUGCAUGUUUUAACUCACUGCCUCAAAACCAAAUGUUCUUUUCAUUUAUGCAAACCAUCACAUUUUAAAAGUUCUUACCUUCCAGACUUCCACUGGUUUCAGUUCAUUUCAGUACACUAUAAAAAUCAACUUGCAGAGACAUGGAACUUGCUUGAGAGAAGUAAUUAAUCCCAUUCAACAUUAAGUUUCCUUUUACUUUAAAAGCCACAUUACUGCAAGAUGGCAGUGCAGCCAGGAACUCUCUUCAUAUCUCUUCCUGUUGGUGCAUUCAAGGACACUCCAAUAUCUGAGAUUUCAGAAUCUUUAAAGGACAUCAGGCUGUCCUUGAAUGCACCACAAGGAGAGUUUUGAAAACUUUCCCAGCUCAUUUCUGCAGAACAACAUGCUAUAAUACUACUUUCACAAAAAUGAAUGAUAAAGAGUAAACUGAGCAAACU